AAUAUAAUCUUAUGUGUUAAGGCUGUAUUCGACUAGACUAACCGUAACUUCCCGAUGCAAUUGCUAAUUCGAAUACUAUAUAAAGGGUGCUGAACCAAACCAAAUUGUAGUUUCAUCCACCGAAGCAACAAUAACCAUGAACUCUUUCAUCGUCAUCGCCGCCGUCUUCGUCGCCGUUUUUGCGGUAGCCUCUGCCUCAUUUGAUGAUGAUGAUGGCUUUAUCAUCGGGGGAGGCGGACAUUAUGUUGGUGGUGGUUAUAUGACCGGUGGUUACCCCCUCGUCAAGGGAUCAGGUCUGCCUUGCAAGAAGCACCAUGGUGGAUAUGUUAAGGGCGGAGUAAUUUCACAUGGUUACCCGACUGUAUACACCACCGGAAGUCACUACGCUGGUUCCCAGAUUUACGGUUCCGGUUCCCAGAUGUACGGCUCUGGUAUGUACGGAUCCGGAGGCUCCCAGAUGUACGGCGGUGGUCAUUACGCAGGUUCCCAGAUGUACGGAGCUGGUCAGUAUGGCACUGGACUCGGACAAUACGCUGCUGGACAUGGCACUGGACUCGGACAAUACGCUAGUGGACAUGGCGCUGGACUCGGACAAUACGCCGGUGGACAACAGAUGUAUGCUGGCGGUCAGCAAUACUACCCCGGACAAACUAUCUACUAAACCGUUAAAGAUUCAGACCCAGCACUGGACAGGUGACUUGAGAAGCUGUGGUUGUUUGUUGUAUUUAUAUUGUUAAAGCUUUUGUUAAUAAAAUAAUAACAAAUCUUUA